AUGUCUAUUAGUUAUCAGCAGUAGCACUAAGUCACUGUUAACAUUAGACCCAAAUCUAAAAACAUAAUUAACAAUAUCAACAAGGAAAACAAUCAUUAGAUGAAUAUAGAGUCUACUAAAUUCAAUGAUAUUUAGCAGUCAUCGCAGUAUGUCGAAGCUUACGAUAAGAGAAAUGAAUAUGCUUUUAAUAUCGGAGGAGGCUUUGGAUAAAAUUAUCAUAAUUAAUCACAAUAGUAUAUUCAGGGAUAUAAGCCAAGCUAGCAGCAAUACGUUGAGAGCAAAAUGGACACAAGUUAAUUUAGAAAUUAAAACGAUAAUUCGCGAAUAAUGCAAAAAUAGACUUUUACAUAUCUUCCUCAAAGCGACUCUCAAAAUACAACUCAUAUAAUGCAUCAGGCUUCGGCUAGCCAUUCAUUUUCAAUUAGAGAUGGAAUUUAUGAGGGUAAUACACCAGAUCGUUCUAAGCAUCCUAGAUCUGACACUCUUGAUUCAAACGGAAAUGCUAUCAGAGGAAGGAAAAUUGAUAGUCCGCAGCUAGUAGUAGUCAGAGAAUUAAGAGAUUAAGAGGAUAAUGAAGAGGGCACAGCGGGCUUAAUAGAUGAUGAGGCUAUAAUUUAGGCAUUUCACUCAGGCAGCGAUGAUAAUGAUUUGCAUAAUUAUAGAAGGAAAGAAAGAAACAGUAGUGAAAAUAAAAAGAGAGGCAUGUUCCAAGUCAAUAAAUAAAACAAGAUUAAGAGUAAAAGUCUUGAAAACAACAAGAGGAAAAGUAAGUCCCAAUAAAGAUAUCAGCUGUAAAGGCCAAAUGGAGAUUUAAAAUAAUAAUUGAACACUGAUGGAAACCAGAAUAGCAAUCCAUCUAAGCUGUAGAAGCAAAAGAAGCUAAAUUAGGUUAUGAAAAAUACAAAGAGCACAAGAGAGAUUAGAUCUUCUAUGGGCUUCAACGAAUUACUAAACUAGCUUGAUAAAGAUAUCUCACUUUAGCAAAGCCAUCAACAUGAUUUUAAGAAUAGAACUACACAUGAUCUUCUUAAAUUAGAAUUGUCUGGAAUUAGAAGAUAAAACAGUUCGGGCGCCAACUUGAUUCUUUAGAAUAAUAAUAACAUCAAUAAAUUUUAAGAAAAAAGCUAGCCAAAGAAGAGUUCAAAGCUAAAAUAGCAAUUGUAGAGUAAGAAUAGUAAAGAAGAUUAAUCAAGGUCGUAGGAGAGAAAAGCUAAAAAGGCAAAGUAAAAUGUCAACAACAAUAUUGCUCAAAUACCUAAGUCAAUCCUUAAGAAGCCAAAGCCAGAAUUCAUAAUGAAAGAUUAAAUAUUUCAAUACGCUAUAAACGAGAUAACUCCUGAUAAGAAUCAAAAUCAUCAAGGUAUAAAUACAACUAGUUUCUUGCACAGUGAGCAUGGCCGUAGAGCUGGGAAUAAUCAAUCUAACGUUUAAUAAAAUGGCAAGAAUAAAAGCCAAAAUUUUACUGUGUCUAAUAAUAUCAAUGUGUUGUUCAGUAAAAUCAAGGUUAAUGGAAAAAGCCAAAUCCAAAGCUAAUAAAGUCAAAAGAAUCAAAGAGAUUAGAGUAGCCCUGAUAGAUAAGUUAAAGAAUUCAAAACAUAUCAAAAUAUGAACAUCAAUAUAGAUAAACUAGUUAGAUAAAACAUUAAAAAGAUGAGAUCAAAAGAAGAUGAAGAAAAGCUUAUGAAAAUGAUGACUGAUGAUCAAAUAAGAAGAAGAAAAGAGUAGUUAGAGUAGAAAAAUAGUUAAGUCAGAAAAAUGAACAAAGAAAAAACCUAUCGCAAGACUAAUAACAUCCUAUCUUCAAAUAAUAUCUAGCCAAACUACUAGUAAUCUUAAGAUAUGAUGUCUUCUGACAAACUUAUAAGAUAAACUAGUUAGAACAACAAUAAUCCGAAUGUCAACAAAAUAUUCUAAGAUGAAAAGUUAAAUUAAAUUCACCAAAAUAUGAUGCAAAGAGAUGUAUUUAUGUAAAAGACUUCUUAGACACAGAAGAUUGACUUCAACAAGAUCAAAGAAGUAAAAACUGGGAGAAAUCUUCGAGUUAAAAAUCAUCGGAAGAGUUACGGGUUAGAAUUUAUAGAUAUCAAAAGGGAAAUUUAGGAGGAACUGAGGACAAUUGACUUGAAAUAUAAAAAUAACUUUAAUGAAAAGAUCAUUGAAGAGGACAACUACCUAUUUAAAGAUUUGGACUAGCCAAUGCCGCCCAAGAGACUAAAGAUUAAAUCCUAGAAAAAGAUUAUUACAGCAAUUAGAGAUGAAAACUAUCCGAUUAUAAAUGUGAAUGUACCUGGUGAGUAGUUUAUUUCUGAGAGAAUACAGCCAAUAAACAAGAUCAUUGUAGUGAAGAAAAACAAAAUAAGGAAAUUUAUGAAGCAAAAGAAGAAGUACAUCAUUAUUCAAAAGAUUAAAGAGCAGAAGGAUGAAAUCAUCAAGACUAUCAAAAUGUAAGAAAACAUUAGUAAGCUGAAUGAGUUCUGCAAAAAGAAGUUAGAAAGGUAAAAUAUGAAGAAAAGAAAUGCAACUAUCUAGGUUAAUGAUGACUAAGAAGAUAAAAAAGAAUUAAGUAAAAUUAGUGGAAGGAAAAUAUUGUUUGAUAAUAUAGACUUUAAGAAAACCAUAAACCCGAAAGGAAAUGAAAAACUAGAUUAGACAAUGGAUAAGGAUGACAGCAGUCGACUAUCCACUGAGUUCUACGAGGAAUACUACCGCCUAAUAAAUUCAAUUAAAAAAGAGCAGUAAGUUCAUCAUCAUGCUAAUCAUUCUAUUACUUCUAGAAUGGACAUGUCGAGUCAAAACAUCACUCAAAAAAGCAUCAAGAAUUUACUAUCUUCUCCCGGCAAUAACAGAUCUUAAUCCCCAAAGACUCAGCUUUCCAACACACAGGGUCUUAUCACUUCUCCUAAGUAGAAUCAUCAAAAAGAUAAGUCUAUUAGUAAGAAAAGCAAAUCAAAGAGCAAUAUCAAGAGUCAUAACAAUGUGAAUGAAAAUCCGAUAUUGAAUAUCCUUACCAAUCAUACAAAUACUGGAUCACAGACUAAUAUCUCUAAGUAAAAUAAAAAUUAGUAGAAGAGUACUGAAUCUUUGAAAACUAAUCUAAGAGCUGAGAGCGCACCCUUGACUUAGAUUAUAUAACCAAAUUCAAUUAAAAAGAGGAGUGGUCAAGUAAAAAAGACUUCCCCUAAUAGAUAAGGUAAAGAAAAGGAAAAGUCAAAUACAUUAAAAAAGCAAUAGAAGCAAGCUCUAUACUAGGCUCAGCAAAUAUAGUUUAUAAACAAUUAAGUCGCCAAAAUUUAGUUGUAUUAUAGAUUCCAUCUUUACAACAAAGGAUUUUAUAACAAGAAUCAUCAAUCUAACAAUUAAUAGAAUCAAGAUUAAUAAGAAUAUCUUUCAGACAAGCAGUACUAAUCUAAUGAGGACUAAUACCAGACCUAGAUAUAUUAAGGAUCUAAUAAGAAUCAAGAUAGCACUAUUCAACUCCAAGACAUUCGUCUAGAUAGUGAAGAGCUACCAAAGCAGUAUACACAGUCUGACCUGAUUAAGCAUUAGGAUUUCAGCAACGAGGAUGAAGAUGACUAUGAUGAUGAGAAUCAUAAUGAUGAAGCAAGCAAUAACAUCAUCAUUAUCAACUAGUAAUCGUCUAAUGACAAAAAAGUAGUCUACAUGAGCAACAUAAACAGUUGCUCUUUGCCUCAGAGUCCAAAGCCUGAAGAUCCUUCUUCAGUUGGGCAAAGCAACUAAGGUUAGAGUUUAAAUGAAUUGCAAAGAGUAUUUGAGUACAGGCCUCAGAGUCUGCUUGACCAGAAUAGAUUCUUCUCCCACGAUCUGUCAGGCAACGAUCAAAUUCAUCAGUCAAUAUCUUGGAAACCUUCCCUCUAAUCUCAUAGCAGUGAGAUAAGAAUUGUAGACGAUAAGUUCAAGCAAGCCUUGAAGGAGGUUAAUUAGAAAGAAGUGCCAGUCAAUAAUAAUGAGGAAUCAAAGAUGGGUGAGUACGGCAUGAGAAUGUUUACUGGCAGUGAAAGUCUACUAAGAGAAUUCAAAAUGAAUACACCUAAGCAAUCAACAGCAAAAAAGUAGGAAAUUAUUUCAAGUUAAACCAGUUUGAGGUAGAUGAUAUCAUCUCAUGAAUCAUAGCCAUCAUCUAAUAUCAAAGUUGAAAGCAUUCAGUAACUCUAGUAGAAAUCUAUCUAAAAUUCAAAGUCAUCUUAACCAAAUGAAAUAAACAGUCAUUCAUCUCAAUCCCUUUUUGAAAGAAAUUCAUUCUAAUAGUUCACUAAGUAGAAGUUACAAGAAAUGAUGAAGAAUAAUGAGUUUAUGAAUCUUAUCUAAAUGAGAGAGAAAGCUUUAGAAUACAGACAACAAAAAGAAAGGAAAUUCAUUAAGAAGAUGUUUAAAAACAAGCAGUACUCGCCCAGAACAUACUCUUAAAAGAGAGAAUAGCUUGAAAAGUGGGUGAUCCUAGAAAAAGAAGAUAUUAAUAAGACUAAGAAAUAGUUUCAAGAGGAGUGGUAGAAGACUCUUCAGAUGAUUGAGGAUACUUAGAAGAAUGUCGAUGACAUGAGACAAAAGAUGAAGAUUUAAAUCGAUAACUCUUCCAAGAAUCAUAAUCAGUUUAAUACUCAUUCCAGUAGAAACUCGAGUUCUAGUUAUGCUACUAUUUCCAGGCAAGAACCGAGAAAGAGCAUUCUUGAGAUGGAAGAGUUCUAACCAUUAUCUCAAAGGAGUAUGAGGUUAAGUGUGGGUUCAUAUAAAAAUCACGACUAAAAUAAAUCAAGUCAAAUGCAUGAGUCGAGGAGACUCUUAGAAUCCUAGGCAAAGAGUAAUAUGACCAUAAACAUCGAGGAUUAAAAGCAAAAUGAGUCUAAGCAAAAGGAUGAGAACCUGCUAGACUAUCUAGAGAAAAGCUGGGUUUAGAAUUAGUAAGACUAGAAAUAGACUAGACCACCAGCUAUAUCAAGAUAAGGAAUUUACAUUGAGGAUCAAAAUAGAAAGAUAAACUUGUCUCAGCUGACUGAUAAUACACCAGAGAGAAAACCUUUGCAAUAAAAUCUUUAACAAGAAAGCAAUAUUAAUCAGUUCUAGUUCCAGCUGAAUGAUUAAAAGGAAACCACUGAUGAUAGGCCUCUUACCAGAUCUAGAUCAGAGUAAGAUCUCUCAGAACUCCUUAAGAAAAACAAGAUUAACUUCAAUGAUAUUGACUUGAACUUAUUGAAUGAUCCUAAUAUCUAAAUUCUUCAGUAGUAGGACCUGGACUCCUAUAGAUUUGUGCCAUUGAAUCAGUCUAAAGAUAAUAAAAAUGAGAUCAAAAUCCAGGAGAACCUCUUUGAAGACUCGAGCAAUAGAUACUCUAAGGGUAAAAAUUACUACCAAGAUAUGAAUGAAAUGGGUAGUAACGACUCGCUACUAAAUGAAUCAGAGCUGAAUAACUACUUCCAAGAUUAGAAAUUUUCAAUAGAGGAUUUUAAGUCACUAGAUAAAAGAAAGAUACUAAAUUAACAAAGUAACUAUGAGGAUGAUGAUGAGCUACUAGAGAGAAAUGACAGCAAGAUCAAGUUGCCGUAAGAUGACUCUUUAGGCAAGAUGGAAGAAUACUAUAAUAAUAAUAAUAACUCAGCAAGUCAAUUAUUCCAGCCUAAUGAGUCUUAGAUUCGAAUAAAAAAUGACAUUGGGGAUUCAGAACCCUCAUUCUUAGACUCUAGAAGGCUACUGGAAAGAGAUAACGAUAAUAUUUUAAUGACGCCCGAAAUAAUCUAGCCUACUGCAUUUAUGCAUCAUUAGCAAGCUCUACUAUUCCAAAAUGCUAAACCUGGGGAGAAUAUUAAGAUUUCUGAUAUUCUUAAGAAAAACUUAAGCAUGAAUGAUCCCAAUAGCUCUAACAGUUUUAUGCUUGCUCAAGAUACUUCAUAGUUACUGUUCCAAAAUGCUUAAAUUAACCAAAGUAUGGCAACACCAUCACUUCAGCCUCUGAUCUAAAAUGACUAUAAUAAUUUAGCCAAUCAGUUAACUGAUGAUAUUCUUCAAAGCCUAUUGCAGCAAAUGAUAUCUAUUCCAUAGAGAUAAAUACAACCAUAUCAAGAUUACUAAGAGAUUAAUCAAUAGUUAGCAUAACAUUAACAGUAGGAGUAAAAUAGGGUUGAAUAACCAUCUAUUUAAAUAUAAUAAAGCGAUCCAGCUCAUGACGUAUUUGUUAUUGAUGCUUAGAUGAAUGAAAAGGAAAACAGAAGAGAAUCCGUUGAGUUCAGGCAAAGGAUCUUGAUUGAACAAGAUUUGAUACGAGUUGAGAAUUAUAUAAAUGAGGUAAUACAGUCACUUUAGUAGGCUGAACUCCAGUAUCUGACUAUUUUAGCUCAUAAUCCAAGUCAAAUUCACACUCAAGAGUCUAAUUAUCACAGAUAGUUCCUAUCGGUACUCACAACUCCCAUUAGAAGAAACGAGCUUGAGUUGCUGAAUCAAUUAUAAACUUCUGAGAUAGGCUCUUAUGAGCAUUUUGAAACAGCAAUGGAUCUGAACUCUAACCCUAUUUUACCAAUAGAUCUAUAUUUGGACAUUGAAAGAUAGAGAGAGGAAUCCUAGAUAAAGCUUCUAUAUCAAAACGGUGUAUAUGAUGUUGAUCUGGAAAGUAGUGUCUUGCAGGAGAGUACGCAUAUACAUAAUAAGUCAGUAUUUGAUUCAUUAAAUGAGAGUCUGAUGAAGUUCAGACCCUAUGGUAUCUAAGGUGAACCAAUGCCUUGGAGCAACAAGAAUCGUCGGCUUCAGACUAAGGUAGACACAAAUUCUGUGGAUACUGAGAGGCUGUUUCACAUGGUUAAGUAAGAUGUCUUAAGAUGGGCUCAAACAUUCUCAGGAUGCUCUCCAUCCCCAAUCUUUUUGUUUAAGAGAUCCUAGGAUGAUAGUGAGCAGUUUGAUGAUGAAUUGUUCCAGGAGACUAGGGAGAGAAGACUAGCUUAGAUGCUUGCAACAGAGGUAGUGGAAAAUGAGCACUAGUGGUUGAACUAUGAAUUCGAGGAGGCCCAGGUUAAAAUUGACUUAAGUGACAUGAUUCUUGAACACCUCGUUGAGGAAGUGGCUCUAUUCCUGAACUUCAAGCGUGGCUCAGUUAUUCAUAAUGAAUUUGAAUGA